CAACAAUCCAUGCCGACCAUGUCGUUGGAGCUGGAUACGCUGGAUGUCGUGAACGCGACACUACUAGCGGGCGCAAUUAGCAGCCCUAACCAAGCCACCACUGACACCAAUAAUGCGGCGCACAAAACCCCCUCAACUCCUGAGCAGCGGGCAGGGCAUCAACCCUCCAAGUCUACGAUCGCAUGGACCAUGUUAUCCCUCUGCCUGUCUGUCAUGUUAUCCGCUCUUGACCUAACGAUCGUCACCACCGCAGUGCCAGCCAUUGUGAGCACUUUCAAGUCCGCUGCCGGAUACACCUGGGUGGGAAGCGCUUAUACGCUGGCCUAUGCAUCGAUCACCCCUGUGUGGGGAUCUGUCGCCGAUAUAUGGGGCCGAAAGCCCAUAAUGUUGAUUAGCGUUGCUAUAUUCCUCGUUGGUAGUCUCCUCUGUGCACUCGCUCCCCACAUGAAUGCGUUGCUUGUCGGGCGUGCAGUUCAGGGAUUGGGGGCCUCUGGUAUGGGAAUCAUGGUGAAUAUCAUUGUCAGUGAUAUGUUCUCGUUGCGUGAUCGAGGGCUAUACCUUGCUAUCACGUCGCUUGUGUGGGCAGUGGGAAGUACCGUCGGUCCGGUAUUGGGAGGGGUUUUUGUGACGAAAUUGAGUUGGAGGUGGUGCUUUUGGAUCAAUUUGCCAGUCGGAGCAAUUUCCUUUACCGUCUUAUUAAUCUGCUUGAAAGUCCCAAACCCCAAGACCCCCAUCGCAGCCGGGUUAAAAGUCAUCCACUGGACAGGAAGUCUACUCAUCAUCGGCGGAGCAUUAAUGAUCCUCCUGGCGUUAGACUUCAGCGACGUAGUCUACUCCUGGUCAUCUGCCACCGUGAUCUGUCUCCUCGUUUUCGGAACAGUAGUAAUGGGCCUCUUCAUCGUGAACGAGUGGAAGCUCGCCACGAACCCCAUAAUCCCCUUCUGGCUAUUUGCAUCACCAUCCAGGGCAGCCCCCUACGUCGUGUUCGCCUGCAACUCCUAUGUCUUUAUCGGACUAGCUUACUACCUCCCCCUCUACGCACAAUCUGUAUUAGGAGCAACAGCCCUAACUUCAGGACUCUAUCUCCUCCCCCUAAUCGUCUCCUGCUCCCUCGCAGCCGCAGCCGCAGGGAUCUUCAUGCAACAAACCGGCAAAUACCUCCCAGUGAUGUACAUAGCCCAGGUUCUACUAGUCCUCGGCUCUGGACUCCUGAUCGGUCUACACUUCGAGACCAACAUCACCAGACUCAUCAUCUUCCAAGCUCUGGCAGGGGUCGGAGUAGGAAUGAAUAUCGAAGCCCCGAUACUUGCUGCUCAAGCUGCCACCACCGUCCGGGAUACAGCGGCAGUGACUGCGACGAUGGGGUUUGUUCGGUCGCUGGCUACGGCCGUGUCGGUGGUGAUUGGGGGUGUUGUAUUUCAGAAUCAGAUGAAUGCGGUUAAUGGGGAUUUGGCUGAGCAGAUUGGUGUCCAGCUGGCGGGGAAAUUUAAUGGCGAUUUGGCAUCGUCGAAUGUGGAGCUCAUUGGGAGUCUGGAGGGGGAUCAACAGGUCUUGGUUCGGAAGACGUACUUUGGGGCUCUGAGAACGGUGUGGAUUAUGUAUGUUGCGUUUGCUGGGCUGGCAUCUCUCCUUAGUCUGUUUGUUCGGGCUCAUGAUCUUAGGAGUGAGAGUGAGGGUGCGGUGUUGGGGGCAGAACGUGGACAGACUGUCCGUCAGUCAGGCAACGAUGGGACUGGAAGUGUCGGGAUAGUUGAAGCUGAUUGAUGAUAGUCGAGUAUUUUGAUGAGUCUAGCCGGGGAGAUUAGAGGAGUGGCAAGAUAUAUUUCGAGUCUAGAGUUUCAAUCAACCGACAACAGCGGUUGUUGCAAGCCACAACUAGGUUGAAUUCGAG